AAUCGAAUAGUGCAUUAUACAACAUCUCUAUUCCUUAAUCUAUGGUUGAUAUUUGAAAAUUGAAAUAAAAGAAAAUGGCGGACGAAGAUGAAAUAGAUAUUUUAGGAGAUUUCUCUUUUAAUUCAUGUUUUGCUCAAAAUGAUCAAGGAAUUCCUUCGUGUUCAAAUCGCGAAGAUACCGUGCACCCGCAGUGGCUCAUGGACUCAACGGACACGAACUGGUAUGAUAAACAAAGCAAAAAUCAACACAGGCUUAAAAAUGGUGCUCCCAGGAAACUACUGGGUAACAAUUCCUCAAAUCAGUUUAAAAAUAAUGUACACACAGAAUGGAAUGCCACAGAGAAGGAAUUGCUUGUUAAAGAAAUGGCCAAAUAUGGUAGAAAUGUGCAUAAAAUAUCACAAACUUUAAAAACAAAGACUGUGGCAGAAAUACAAGCAUUAAUUGAAGCCGAGUAUGGUGUCAACUUGGAGGUGUCAACAAUAGGGAGGGUGAAAUCUGGCGGGACCACAUCCAUUGUCCAGGAUGGGGUUGUUGCUGACUCUAAUGUUGGCAUGGACAGUGUGUUGUCUAUGAUCACCACAGGAUCCCCUACAAUCAACGUAACCAGAAUGGAACCAUAUUACAAAAAUAAAGUGUUUAAAAAGAAAUCGAAAAACAGCAUCCUCAGACCAGAUGCCUUAGCAAAACCAGAAAUCCUCAUCAGUCCCUCGGAAAUCCUGUACGAAGAUGAUUUAAUUAUUGGCUCCACUGAGUCUGUAGGUUCGGAUCUAGAUGUGGCUGAUAUGUUGACAAUGAAUAUGGAAAAGUAUAAAGCCAAAGCGAAAGUAGAGAGGAAAAUUGGAAAUCACAGGAGAAAAGUGUCCAAGAAUUACGAUAAAAGACCGAGGAAUAGAAGCAAGGAUCUGUUAAAGUCACCUUUAGGGAGGCAAAGGAAAGAUUCUGGGUUGUCAGAUGACAGUGGGAAGAGCCCCAAAAUGCAGAUUGUUUUAGGAUCGGGUCAAGCAUUGCCUUUGUCAGAAGGGGAACAAGUGAUUAAAAUCGAAAAAAAGAAAGAUUCAGAGCCAGAUAGCGACAUAGAGGUGGACAUAGAUAGUGAUAAUGAAGUUAAUCUUAAGAAUAAGGCAAAGGAACCGGUGCCAAAGCCAAGUUCAGAUGAGGCUCCCAUUGCUGUUCCACUCACAAGGUUUGAGCGAAUGCCCCGUAGACAGAAGAAGAUACAUUUGGAUGGUGGUGGUGGGUAUACUAUCAUGCACACUGACUCUGGGGACCUGUACACCGUCGGUGAAGAACCGAAACGCGAGCGGCACCCGAAAAAACAGCCCAUACACCUCAUACAGUGCCGUGUGUACAACGCUGAUAAACCGGCGCCGUGCGUGGUGCGUGCGCACGUAUCGGCGCUGCUGGCCAUGGAUUGGCACGCGCACCUGUCGCGGGCUGAGGUCAUGGGACUCGUUGGCGGCGAGUACGACGAACGAGGCGCGGACUGCGUGGAUGUGCGCUUGCGCAGCUACGCACCUGCCGCUGCCGCAGCCGCCGCCACGCACUGCGACAUGUGUCCCGUGUCGCAGGCGGCGGCGGCGGCGCGGCUGUGCGGGCGCGGGCAGGCGGCGGCGGCGUGGCACCACUCACACCCCAGCUUCGCCGCGGCGCCCUCCCGCGUGGACCUGCGCACGCAGCGGGCGCUGCAGCGCGCCCUGGAGCGCCCGCGCCGCCCGCUGCUCGGCCUCAUCACCUCGCAGCACUGGCCGCCCGGCCGCACCGCCUCGCACUACCGUUGCAUCCGCGUGGAGGAAGACGAGCCGACUACAGGCGAGCCGGUCGGCUACCAGCUGAAGGUAGCGCUGGUGCCGGACCUAGACACUGCCACCCUGCCGAGCUUCCUACAGGAGCUGCGAGAUAUCCUGCUGGAACACGCGCCCGCGGAAGAGUUCCGCGUGGACCUCACCGUCGACGUGUGCCCGCAAGCCAACAUCACAUACUUGGAAAAGUUUUUGUCAAGCGCACGCCACCACUUGCAUUCAGCAGGCUAUGCCGACGACGACCCCAUUGUGAUACAGCUGCUUCACGGAAUAAGAGACAUAUUUAGAUAAUAAUAAACUUAUAUUUAGCUGGUUUUAAUUUUGGCUUUAUACGACCUUUAUAUUUUGAAAAGGCGUGUCCAACUCAGCCGACCGUGGAUCGGUGCGACAACGAGUUAAGUUCGGUUGUAUGAUCGCUACUUACUAGUAUAUGCACGUAUUUCAGCGUUUGUGAGUUAUAUAAUACGCGGGCAUGUUGCGUGUGCGCGUCGGGUACAUAUAUAAAUGGGUAUUUUUUGUUCGGCUAAGGCGUUUCUGUCUUAAAGCGCGUGUUUCCUCGUAUGCAGUUCAUAAAUGACACAUGUCUACUCCAAAAGGUCGUCAAAGCAAUUUGCAAAUAUGAGUGUAUAAGCGAGAAGAAUAUCUUCAAUGUAAUUUAUAGAUAAAAAAUGUAUUAUUAGUGUUAUUCCUAGGGGAACACUUUUCCAAUUAUAUGUGCCCUUUAUAUUGGAUUCCAGAUUUUAAAAAAUAAAUCCACAGAUAAUAAAACCAAUUUUAAUGUGUAUUGUAUUUUAUUUAUUGAAGUAUAUAAACAAAUAUCUACGAAUUAAUGUUAUAAAAAAUUAAGUCCAUGGUAAAACAUUCAGUAAAGUGUAAUCAUUUUAAUUUUUUAUUGAAAACUGUGAGCAUACCAUACAUUGAUCUCAGACUAGCCAGUGGCGGAUUAAGUAAAGCGCAUGGAUUUUUUUAACGAUAUUUUCAAUUAUUAAUCGUAACUUGGAAAAUUUUAGUAUACCUACUUGUUUCGUAAAUAAAAGAAAUAUAUGAAAUCCA